AUGCUAAUGCAAUUCGGCAGUCUUCUGCGCAAUGUCGCUGAAAAGUCUCGGGUCAUUUUAGUCACCGGUAACCAGAGUGCAGACAUGGACUCUGUGGUUUCGGCGAUUGCGUAUUCGACGCUUUCUUCCAAAUCUCUUGUACUGCCUUUGAUCAAUAUUCCUAAACAAGACUUUGAUCUCAGGAGAGAUAUCGUACACGUAAUGAAACAUUCGGACAUCAACGAGAAGGAUUUGAUUUUUCUGGACGAUAUUGAGAACUGCUGGGACCAGCUGGCAAAAGUGAAAGUCGAUUUGGUACUAGUGGAUCAUAAUAAACCCCAAGGCGAUGUUGUCAAGAAUCUCAUGGAAGAACUUGGAGCCAGGGUUGUAGGUAUAAUUGACCACCACGAAGACGAGAAACUCUUUACUGAGGCGAGCCCCAGGAUCAUCCAAAAAUCUGGUUCCUGUGUUUCACUCGUGCUCAAUCACUUCAAGGAGCAAGUUGCUCAAAUCGAUUCCAAACUUGCUAAGCUUUUUCUCAGUCCACUAUUAAUUGAUACUUCUGGACUAAAGCAUAGAGUGGAGCAGGUUGACAGAGAUGCUCUUGAGCUAUUGCUUCCAAAGUUGCAGGCAGAUGAUGCCUUCCUACAAACCUGGACCGAUGAAUUGAACGCUGCCAAACAGAACGUGGAAGGGUUGUCACUUCGGGACUUGUUGCGCAAGGACUACAAAGAAUACCGAACCGUUGGCAUCAGCUCAAUGGUUGUGAGCUUAGAUUAUCUUUCACGGUUCAAUCUCCUGGCAGGUUUGGACAGCUGGAUUAAAGAGAGAAAUUUAGAUAUUGCAAUCAUUAUGACAUCUUACAACGACAAGAAGUUUCACAGGGAAAUAAUCUUUCGUGGCGACCCUGCGAAAAUAAGGAGCCUUUUAGACCAGAUACAAGAACCCCUGGGACUCGAGCCUUUGGAAAAGUAUCCGUUCAGCUUUGAACAACGCGACCCCAUCAAUUCUAGAAAGCAGGUUGCACCAUUGGUGGAUAAAUGGCUGGAUUCUCAAGGACUAUAA